CUGCUGUCCAUUCGCCUCUUGCAAGAGGUGAUGGAGUUGCUGGCAGAAGAGGGAACACAGCCCUUGGAGACGCAGGUGCACCAGAGCCUGGUGCCACUGUUCAUCCUCGGGCAUGACGAGAGCCAGAGCGUGGCAGAGGCCGCUCGCGAAGCGCUGCUUUGCUCUGCAAGGUUCCUCAAGAGAAGGGACCUGGAGAAGCUGCUGAGGAGAGAGCAGCACUUCAAGUUCUGUGAUUGCCUGAUGGACAAGGAUGUGAGUGGAAGGGACGAGCACCUACGCCAGGCCCUGCCCUACCUGCAGAGCUCACAGGAGCCCCUGCGAGAGGCGGCCGUCAGGUUCAUGGGGGUCGCCGCCUGGCACAUGAAAGACCUGCAGCCCAUCAUGAAGGCCCUUGAAGCCAUGAGCCAAGACGACUGCCCCUCCUACUGCACCAUGCGGACUGAAUUCUUGUCCGCUUUUCGACGGGCAGUGACCAAAUAAUCUACUCCAUCAACACGCCCAGUGUCCCUCCAG